AUGGAAAAUUUGCCCAAAGAAUUCCUGGCAAUCGACACAGCCCUAAGUCUACAUUACUCUUCAAGCAUCACAACACCAAAAUUAUUCCGGAUAUGCCAGAAAGCAACUUCCCUUGUUGGCAAGAGGAUAGACAGACACACAAUAGAACGCAUCUUAGGUGUGGAUGAGCUGCUCUUCAAAAUCAUCUCCUUUAAAGGCUCCUACGAUUACGGUAUAACGGUGUCCAUUCCAUUGAGCAAAUACGGAACUCUUCUAUUACAGCGGCGUGCUGAAUUUGCGGACAAGGUAUCGAACUUGAAGACUAUUGAGCCCGUCAGUUUGCAAGAAGUGGCCGUUCUCCAGUCGCCGGUCAAAUCAACAUCAUACCGCUCUCCAAGUACAUCGCCCACCAAAAUUGCCAAGGGUAGGCAGUACGAGGGACUCAAAAAGGACCCUUCCAGCUUCUCCUUCAAAGAAAAGAUCAGCGCCGUCCAGAGCUCCAAAGCAGAGGGAUUGUCCUUGCUUGAGCGCAUAAAGCUCAAGGAGCGUUUAAACUCCAACAUUGAUCCGAAGCAGAAAGAGAAAGAAGACUACCACAGCUACAUUCAUUCAAAAUCUUCAAAGAUCUACGACAUUCUUUACGAACUUGCAUCCGCAUCUGGAAGUAUCAACAGGACACCUGUUCCUCAAAGCUUUACAUUGCAAAAACUCAUCUCUAUAAUCAAGGAUUCCUCAGAGUACGAAAUAUCCGAAGAUGACAUUAGCAUUGUGAUAAAAGACCUCGAACGGAAAUUGGGCCCCACGAAGCUCAAGCUAAUAGAACGAGAGCAUGCUAAAGUCAUAAAGGUUUUUAAUUUAGAUAGAGCGGAAGAUCAGAAGGUUUUUCAAAAUAAAUAA